GCCCCUCCAGAUCCACCGUUUCACCAGAUUUUCCUCCUUUGUCCCCGCUUCCGAAUCGGCCAUCCUCUCCUGUGGUCCUAUUUCCUCCCAGCUUCCCAGAGGAGUCACAAACUGACGAACAGUCCAAAAUGGUCCGAAACAUCGUCGUCAUUGGGGGUACUUCCCACCCGCAAUUGACCCAGACCAUCUGCAAUGUGUUGGGCAUCCCUCAGGCAGACGUCCUCCUGUCGAAAUUCUCCGUGGGUGAGACCCGAGUGGAAAUCAAAGAAUCCGUCCGUGGAAAAGAUGUCUAUAUCAUCCAAUCUGGUGGCGGGAAGGUGAAUGACCUCCUCAUGGAGCUUCUGAUCACCAUCUCUGCCUGCAAGACCGCCUCCGCCAAGAGAGUCACUGCGGUCCUCCCGCUUUUCCCGUACUCGCGCCAGAGUGACAUUCCUUACAACAAGACAGGAGCUCCUCUGACCAAGUCAUCCCUUGCGGGCAAGCCGGGAAACAACUAUACUUUUGAGAGUACCCCGCCUACCCCACAUCCGGGAAAGCCUGAAAGCGGAAGCCUGUUGAACGGUUUGAAUGGCGUUGAUAACUUGCAGAAGAGCCUGGCAAAGGCGCAAUUGGAGGAUAUCAGCAACGGUAGCCCCGUGAAGAGACAGCGCCCGGUCAAUGGUCUUCCGCGCAGCGAUACCUUGGACUCCCUGCAGUCCGAGGCCAAUAAGUUUGCCCUUAAUGGCAACGGUGCCGAUGAGAAGAUCAACAACUUCCAACCCCGCCCUGGUUACAAGCAAUGGGUUGCUCAGGCCGGUACCUUGGUGGCGGACUUGCUCACCUGCGCCGGUGCGGACCACAUCAUUACUAUGGAUCUCCAUGAUCCUCAGUACCAGGGAUUCUUUGAUAUUCCGGUCGACAACCUGUACGGCCGGCCUCUUCUCAAGAGUUACAUCCAGAGAAACAUCCCCAACUACAAGCAGGCUGUCAUUGUUAGCCCCGAUGCUGGCGGUGCCAAGCGCGCUACGGCGAUUGCCGACUCCAUGGGCAUCGAGUUUGCCCUUAUCCACAAGGAACGUCGUCCCACCCGGAUAACCGAUCGCCAGAACGCGACCAUGAUGUUGGUGGGAGAUGUGAAGGACCGGACGGCCAUCCUGAUCGACGACCUUGCAGACACAUCGAACACCAUUACCAGAGCGGCGAAGCUCCUGAAGAAGGAAGGAGCCGCCCAGGUCUACGCCCUGGUCACUCACGGAAUCCUGAGCGGAGAUGCUAUUGACCGCAUCAAUGCUAGCGCUCUCGACAAGGUGGUGGUCACCAACAGCGUCGACCAGACGGAUCACCUGCGUAGAUGCCCUAAGCUGGAAGUCUUGGAGGUUGGUCACGUCUUCGCCGAGGCCAUCCGUCGUGUCCAUCACGGUGAGAGUAUCAGUGUUCUUUUCCAGUACGACUAAGUCCGUGGUCGUUUUUCUUGCAUGCGAUCGUCCCAUAACAGGGAUGAAUGAAACCUUCUAAAAGAGGAGUGACGAAUCGAGGUCAUAUAUUGAUGAAUUUCUUUAC